CUAUGAUUGUUGGUUCUUAUACUACUUAUAAUCAACAAUUACAACAAAGUCAAUAUGCUUAUCCAGACACUUUAUUAGGCUCUGCUCCUAUUACAGAUGCUCCGUUUAUUAAUGCUAAUGCUUUAAUGAGAUCUUCUUCACAUAUUACACAGUCAGAUGAUAUUUCGGUAUUCUAG